CUAGACUCCAAAGUUCGGAACCUAGAAAUGUAUCCAGGGUAAUGUGGGCAGAACUCGGAAGGUCAAGUCACGAAACCCCGUAUAAGACUUGCCAUCGAUCUGCGUCAAGACUCCUCUUCGUUCUCUCUCUAUCAGUCAAUUCAUCUCUAUCACCCAUACCAUACUUCUCAAGAAUUUGUCUGCUCACCUUUGCAAUCAAUCACCAUGUCUGACAUGAUACAGGCUGCCAGGAAUGUCGCAGAGACGGCUGAUCGCAAUGCCCUCGAGAAGGAGGAGGAGGCUAUUGAAGUUGCUUCCCAGUGGGCUCAAGAGAAGCUCGAGAACUUCCUUAACGAGGUUGAAGCCAAUGGCAACGACCACAAGUUGUUGAAGAUAAGCUACAUUAUCAGUCGUCGGACUUCCAUUGAUGUCUUCACCGGCAAGAGCUCGGAUAUCGGCAAAUUUGCUAAGGACCUGAUUGGGAAGCUUGCCGACGGAAAAGUCAUGGAGGGUCUCGGUGACUUGGCUGGGACUCUUCUGAACAAGCUAUUUGGAUCUGCUUCUGGUUCAGCCCAGACCGAAAGGAUCUAUGAGGUCACCUUCGAUGAGCUUGGUGGGCUCAAUCGACUUGACGCAUACUUCUUCUGCUAUCGUUUUGCCUCAAGCGGAAUCACCAACUUCAGCAAAGCGGUCAUAGGGACAUGCAUCGUUCGCUCGGCUGCUACAAUGGUCGAUGACAAUGCUUACCGCGUGGUGCUGACCAGUUCUGCUACUCUUGCAGACGCCCAGCGCACUGCUAUUGGCGAUCAUAUGAUCCAGGUAGCCAAGUUUCAGAAGCAGAUCUUGGACGAGCACGGUCAACACGAAGCGGCUGAACCUGCGCUUCUCGAAGCGCGGGCCAAACUUGCUCAAGUCAUUGGACAAGGUGUGGCCACAUCGGAGCAGUUUAUUCAGCGGCGGUCGACGGCCAAGACCUUUAGAACCGGAAAUACUGAAAGAAGUGCAGAGUCUCAACUGGAAGACCUAACCAAGAAGACGAGCACUCUUCUGACUGAUCAGCCUAGUACUUUGCAGAUUGGAGCUUGAGAUGUUGAUUCGUCAAGCAGUAGCUUAGGGUUAAUGCAUUGUCCGUUCUCAAGUGUCCCUUGAAUACAUUUUAUCCAGGAC